GAUAGAACACCAGCCCAAAAAGUACAUGGUACAACAGAGAUGAAGAGUUCAUAUACAAAACCCAUAAAACCAUGUCGAUUGGUUACCGACAAGGAUCAGUUCAAGCAUCCUGCUUCCUUGCCGCUAGAACUGCCAAAAGUAGAACCCUUUUAUAAAGAAAUAGAGCAGUUGGACACUACAUACGAAGGUUUUGAAAAAUAUUUAGAUCCAUAUUUAACCACUAACAGAUUACAUCAUAGACCGUUUACAUCUGAUGUGUUAAGGAGGUCAUCGAACUCAAAGGACAUUCUCACAUAUUAUAUUUAUUCAAAUACCCCUUGGGUGCGUUCACGAAAACCGAAUAUCGAAGAAUGGCGACUUCCAUUCAGUAAACCUCAACCGCUUUGGGAUAAAGAAAAAUUCAAAGAUGAAUUUCGUGAAGUUAGAACUCACAAUAAGUUAAAUUGGGUACCCAGAACAUUCUGUUCAGAAACAAAAGAUAACUAUAUACAACAAACUUCUCGGUCCGAAUCGCGAAUACAUAAUUACGAAGAGGAAGUCAGAUCUGAGUAUCAACGUUCGAUCGCCAAUUUACAAACGAGCUCGCAACAACAACAAUCUGAUAUUAAUUAUUUAUACACAACAGAAAACUCUCACAUCGGUUCUGGAAGGCCGAUAUGUUCAAUAAUAGAUCAACAUUUCGAGAAGAAUAAGAAGUUGGCGAAGAGAGAAAAUAUCGUAUAAAAUACAUUGUCAAUGAUGCUAUGAUGAAUUUAGGAUUAAAAUCUAUCGAGUUUUUUUUAUAACAUUGAUGGCUGGGCAAAUGGGCCACCUGAU